UAACGUAUGGAAAUAUUCGAUACAAGGAAUAUACUUAUUUAUUAAAAGUAUUAUUAGUAUAAAGUGAAUUCACGUAGUUCAUGUUAAAUUUUGCCAUACCAUGAAAAUAAACAGAGCAAUUUAGUACUUUAUUUAAUUAAGAAGAAUGGAUUCCGAAGACCUGUUAGCUCGUGAAAAUGAGUUCAAAAAACUAAAUAAACAAUUGGAAAAGAAAACUGAGAGUUUAAUGAAGGAAAUCGAACAUGUCAUGCAAAGGCAAGAUAUAUUCUCUGAGUUCAACAAGUUAACUUUGAGUCCUGUGCACAGAAACACUAAGAAGCACAGCUGUGCUUCUUCAUCAAAAAACACAACACCGGAAAAAAAGUGUCAAACACAACUUAAGAAUACCAAGAACCACCAACAAAAGGUUGUUGUAACAAACAAUACUACAAACUCUAAUAUUGAUGUAUUCGAUAGAAAUUGUAAUGAAUCUAUGAAUGGAUACAACAGUAUAACAAAUUGUAAACAAGAUAAUAUAAACGAAUAUAACAGUAUAACAAAUUGUUCAGCCUCACAGAUUGCUAAUACAAGAUGUAAUUGUGAAUGUUACAUCCUUUCUGAUAGUAAUAAGAGAAGAAAUGAUGAUUUGGAGUUUUUAUAUGCUUUUGUAUCUGUUGGUGUUAAGGAUAAUGUACUACCACCAUCUUUUAUGAAAGAUAAUUUGACAGUGGAAAGUGUAUGUAAGUUUCUAUCUGCAAAAGUAAAACUAAUGCAAGAACAAAUUGACAAGCUACAAAUGGCCAUAGACAAGAAGGCAAAGCAAUGCGACAAACAUAUGACCCACCUAGCCGAGUUGGAGAGUGAGCGACUCACUCUACUCAACAGAGCGAACAGCAUGCGAUCGGGUACAGCCGACAUGAAGGCUAAAUAUGCUGCUAUACAAAACAAACUUAACGAAAAGGACCGCUUAUACAAGGAACAGAGGAGUGUGACGGACAAACUGACGACAGAACUGAAGCAGCUCAAAUGUAAGAACGCAAGCUUGGAAGCGAGAUGCGCUUCGCAAGACGAAUCCAUGAGCACUCUAAAGCAUCAACUCGAGGCAGCCAAAAUAUCCGAAAAGGAUUUCCGGGAUUCAUCCCGUUCACUCUCCGCAACUCACCAAACAACUAUCCAGAAGCUAGAAGCACGAAUAAAAACAUUAACACUGCGCACGGACAGACAAACAGCUCUCAUCGACAAUCUGAAGAAACAAAACGCACUUCUACAGACCGAUGGCGCUUUGAAAGCUCUAGAAAAAGAAUAUUGUGAAUUUCUAAAACAAGAUUUUUCGUAAAAAAAAUAGUUAUUUUAUUUCAAUUAAUAAUUAUUGACGGACCAAGCAGA